UGCUUCUGCCAGCUUCAAUUCUUCUGCCGCCAAUUUCAAUAAGUUCUCGUUCGGUGCUAAUUAGUUAUUCACGAAUUGUUUGGACUUCAAUAAGUGACUUUUUUGUGUUCAUCAAGUGUGACUGUGAUUAUAAUUUUGGGAGGCGUCUUAUUGAGACCUAGACGAGCAGCUUUGGAUAUUUUGUUUCAAAUAAGUAGUACAAAGAAAGGCCAAAAGGAUCGAAGACCAUAGAGCGAUCAUAAACCAUAGGCGGCCAUAGCCCAUAAGACCCAAUAAUUAUUCGAAAUGACUCAAAUACUACACUAUAUUUACGAUGCUUAUCGGGACCUGAUGGACAAUAAAAGUGAUCAAAGAGUCAAAGACUGGUUCCUAAUGAGCUCGCCCUUCCCCACUCUAUUAAUAUGCCUUACAUACGUCUUAAUAGUUAAAGUAAUAGGCCCUAAAUUAAUGGAAAAUAGAAAACCUUUUGAAUUGAAAAAAGUUUUAAUUUAUUACAAUUUAUUUCAAGUGAUAUUUAGUACGUGGCUUUUCUAUGAGGCCUCUGCUGCAGGAUGGCUUACACAUUAUAGUUUCAAAUGUCAGCCCGUGGAUUACUCGUCAACGCCUUUUGCAAUGAGGAUGGUGUAUGGAAGUUGGUGGUAUUACUUCUCAAAGUUCACAGAAUUUUUUGAUACGUUCUUCUUUGUCCUACGCAAGAAGUUUGACCACGUAUCAACUCUCCACGUUAUCCACCAUGGAAUAAUGCCAAUGUCUGUAUGGUUUGGUGUAAAAUUCACUCCAGGCGGCCACUCAACUUUCUUCGGAUUCCUCAAUACUUUUGUUCACAUUAUUAUGUAUUCCUACUAUCUUAUUGCGGCUCUCGGACCUCAAUAUCAAAAAUUCCUUUGGUGGAAGAAAUACCUGACCACUAUCCAAAUGGUGCAAUUUGUUUUGGUAAUGGUCCACGCAUUCCAACUUUUGUUCAUCGACUGUGACUAUCCAAAAGCAUUCGUUUGGUGGAUCGGAAUGCACGCCGUUAUGUUCUAUUUCCUUUUUUCCAACUUCUACAAGCAAACUUACAAGUCAAGCAAAUUGAAAAGUACUACCUCUAACGGAACUGCCAAUAGUACAGCCAACGGGAAAAAAUCCAAAGUCGGUAUUUGCUUCACAACACAAACAGCGCUUUAUGAAGACACGGACACCAAAGCAAUGUCCAAUGGCUACACUACUUCAGAUAAUUCGAAAUUGAGGAAUAGGGCGUUCAUAAAUCGAGACAUUAGUACUAAAUAGUGCUCAUUUAAGGUGUCUAGUAGUGAGUCAGCCAUAUCCAAAGACUUUUUUUGUUAUUAUUAGGAAAUAAUAAAACAUCACUGAAAAAGGUAGGGAUUGGCCAUUAAGUAGGUACCAAUUACUCAAUAACUCAGUUUAUAGACUCUUCAAGCAGAUUGCUCAAACAAGAAUUAUAAAUAACCAUGCUUUUCAUCCGUGAAAAAUGAUGUUUGCUCAACCACCUACUUGAUACGUGAUACAAAAACUGACCAAUCUCUACGACAACGAAAUUUGAAUUGUGAAUUAUAUUAAGUUAAUAGCAUCACUGUGCUUGUUUUGUGAAUAAGUUGCUAGUUAGGUAUUUGUAAAUAUAAUUUAAUAAUUACAGACUUAGAAAGAAGUUUUGGUUAAAUAAUACUUAUUAUUCGUACAGGUUUUGUAUAAGUUACAAGGUUAUAUUUUUUACCUGUUUAAAUUUGAUUUAGAGCAAAUUUUGUCGUUUAAUUAGAAUAAUUCAAAUUAGUUAAUAUUAGGGGUUUUUAUCAUUUUUUUAUGUAUUGGUUUAUUUUUAUUAAAAUGUGUAUUUUUAGCAGAACAA